GAUCGAUUUAACGGGAGUUUUACAACAAGGAAACUUAAACAAUCAUGCCCGUUUGUAUUCAGACUCAGCUCAAGAGAAAACAGUUUUGAUAAAAUUAGCCGAAUUCGGUGAAUUAAUCUUAUCCCGCUAAAAGAUAUCGAUUCUUACGGUGACAGUCCCUUGAUGUAGAACUGCAAGUGAUAAAAGACAACUAGAACUACAACGGAUUUACAGAGAAUUUUUUUUUUGCAAACAGAGGAAUAAUUAACUAGGAUUAUUUUAUAUUAAUUUCUGAGGAUUUAUUUCAGUUUAAAAGUGUUUACCAAGAAAAAUAUUACAUUAUGAAGGUGUUGUUUGCUUUUUUGCUUAUCAGUGGUUUAAAUGGUGUUGUUACACAAGAAAACCACUGUCAGUCCAUUCCGUUGCCACCGGAAAUUUCCUUCGAUGAAACUUCUUCACCAGGUUCUAUCCUAUUCAUUGGAGAUCAGACAAAUUCUACAACACAGAAAUGGAACUUAAGUGAUACCAAUCCACAGGUUUCAUUGGAAUUUAAAAACCAGACGUACUCUGUAUUACUGCAACAAAGCAGAGAUCUGGAUGUAAAUCCCUGUUCUCUUGCUGAGUAUCAAUUUAUACAAAGAGUGUCGUGUACAGGACCCGAUGGCUCACCAAAAGACGGAGAUCUAACGUUCAAAGUCAAUCCAGUAAACGAAUACUCCCCAAGUGCAGUCAAUCGUGAACCAGUUCAUAUAAAUGAGGGAGAUCAUCUUUCCCAAAUAUUUAUAAGGCGUAUGUUUGAUUCGUUUGAAGAUAGAGAUUGUCCGAAGGAAAACCCUGUCAUAAGCAUUUCAAAGGCUGCUGGGGAGAAUGAUGCCAGAGAUUAUUUCACGGUUAACAAUGCUACAGGUUUUUUAUAUCAAACAAAGAACUUUGAUUACGAAGAGACCAAAUUCCAGUGUGGUCUGGGACAAACAGGAGGAAUAUUAAAUAUAACUGCAAAGGACGGUCCACAUACCGUGACUACAAUCCUGACUGUUAAUUUUGUUGACGUGGAUGACACUCCUCCUGUGUUUGUCAGAUAUGGCUGCUCUAUAACAUGUUAUUCUUGUGCAGUUCCAGAUUUGUCUGUUACCAUCAAUUAUUUUGAUCAGGGAAUCGUAAAAACUGAACCUAGCAGCAUAAAAGCUGUGGAUCCCGACAGCCAAACAAAUAUUACGUACAGUUUAGACGUUUACCCUGAAAAAUACAAAGACAAUAUUGAGUUUGAAAAUGGUAGUUUCAUUCUCAAUCAGUCGUUUGCAAACUUCUCCAACUUCGGUGAAUCUUCAGACUUCAGUGUGGUGGUAGUUCUGCAGGCUAUGGGAGAUAAUGGACAGAAAUCAGACAAUUUCACUUUAACCGUAAAUGUGACGGUACCCCCACCCACGACUCCCGAACAAACGACAGAACCCCAAACCACUCAACCAACCACCACAGAGGAAGUGACGUCACAACCGACGUCAUCACCUACUACCAUCUCACCUUCAACACCAACCACUAGAACGCCUUCCACAGCUCGACCCACGACAACCCCCGCCCCCACAACCCCAGCACCCAUAGAAAAAGCCAACCCAGACAAAAGUACCGACAAUAAGGUGCUGAUAAUCGUCCUGCCUAUUGUGGCAGCUCUGAUUCUUAUUAUUUUGAUCGUGGUCAUUAUUAAGAUGAGGAAGUCACAGCCGCAACAGAAAUACAACCUCGGGGAGAAGAAUGUGAACGGGGAUACUGGCCACGACGAGACGUCUACUGAGAUGGACAACCAUGCCUUCAAAGACGAAAAGGAGGGCGUCUGAUGCAGGGUGUCUUAAAAUGGCAGAAAGAUCUAACAUGUCUAACAUUACAUUGUCAUUAUAUGUUGUCAUUUUGUUACUCAAGAGUCUCAUUUUACAAUAUUAUGUAUAAUUUUGUUCAAGGUGCUUUUUAAGACUAUUUGAUUACUACAUAAACUUAGAAAUCCAAGUAUAUAUUAAUAUUGCAAUACAAUUAACAUAUCAGUGUAAUGUGUAUAGCGUUUUCAAAGUGACGAAAAUGCUGAAUGUUGAUAAUAUUUAAUAACUUUUGUUUUAAAAGCUAACAAACUUGUGGGAAUUUUCACAUAGCUACAUCAGUAUGUGUAGAGAUUUAGUUUGCUAUCAUGUGAAAGCGGGCCACUAGCUGUGUUGCUUUUUCUCAUUUUGUGUGCGGUGAAGGUUUGAUCAUAGAAUGGUGAAGCGUAAAAGCAAAAGAAACAUGGAGGAUUUUUUUUACAAUGUAUUUUUAUAUAGUGUUCUAGUGCAAUACAUGUGUGUACAAGAUCUUCUCUUUUCAUGAAAACACUCAAGUUCACCGUGCCAUACUUCAGUGUCGAUAUUCUUGGAUUGAUAAGUGUACAUAAUAAAUAUAUAUUUCAUAAAUCACUUUUUUUCACUUCUAUGAUCUACUGCUUUUCUUAAUUUUUUACUUUCAAACGCAGGCCUUGAGUUCUGAGAACUCUACAAUUAGUAUGCAUGUGUCAGCGAAGCUACAAAUCACUUUCAAAGUAAGAGUUAAUGGAGGAUUAACUCCUUCUUCCUCCGAUUUCCCUGUGGUUGCUGUGGUGGUGCCAUGUCUUGGGGUGGUGAUAAUUAUUCUUGUUGUCGUUCUGGUGGUGCGCCUGAAGCGAUCUAAGCCCCAGAAAAACAAGAAAUAUCGUGUCAGCACAAAGAGGAAGGAGAGGGAAGAGAGCA